CAAGAGUUGCAACAUUUUCAUCAAAUAAACACUUAGCUUCCCACUUAACAUUUCUCUACACAUACAUCACUGAAAUAAUUAAGUAGUUGUUAUUACUAUUCACCAAAACAUGGCUUCAUUCUCUGUUGUGUUGUGUGUGUUAGGGUUAGUGAUUGUGGGUCACGUGGCCUAUGCUCAAGACUCACAACAAGACUACCUUGAUGCUCACGACGCAGCAAGAUCCGAGGUUGGUGUUCCAAACUUGUCUUGGGAUGACACCGUUGCAGCCUAUGCACAAAACUACGCCAAUCAGCGCAAAGGUGAUUGCCAAUUGAUUCAUUCCGGUGGCCAAUAUGGGGAGAACCUUGCAUGGGGCAGCGGCGACCUUUCCGGCACGGAUGCCGUGAAAUUGUGGGUGGACGAAAAGCAAUACUAUGACUACGAUUCCAACAGCUGUGCGAGUGGCCAAGUCUGCGGCCACUACACACAGGUGGUUUGGCGCAACUCGUUAAGACUUGGUUGCGCCAAAGUAACUUGCGAUAAUAAUGCGGGCACUUUUAUUAUUUGCAGUUAUGAUCCUGCUGGUAACGUCGUUGGUGAAAAGCCUUACUAAUACAAAUGAUGAUAUUAUUGUUAUGUCGUCUAUUUAAACUUUGAAUUAAUAUAAUACUGAUGCCAGUAUGAGUUCUUAAUUGUUAUUGAUUAAGAAGGUGGAUUUAGCAGUAAUAAGGCAAUAAUAAAAUCAUGAAUCUAUGUUGGUAAAUCAGGUCAUAGCUCGCAUAAUUUGUACUCAUGAAAAUUGUAUGUGGUGUGUGUAAUGUUAAUUAUAAGUUAAAUACUACAUUUAUAUAUUCCGUUUCUAUUUUUA